CGUGUUGCGUUCAGUGACGUCCGAUCCCGGAAGUGUUGUCCCGUCUGUCUGCUGUAUCUUGACUUACCGGGACAGAACUACCGCAGGAGUUCACAGAAGUUUCCUCGCUGUUGCUGCUGUGUUGGCAGUCUGACUGUAAAGAUGCUUCCCGGAGCCCUCGCCGUGUUACUGACCUUACUCAGCCUCACUGAGAGCAAACAGAAAGACUUUUAUACUUUUAAAGUGGUGAACAGCAGGGGGAAGUUAGUGUCCCUGGAGAAGUACCGGGGUUCGGUGUCCCUGGUGGUGAAUGUAGCCAGUGAAUGUGGCUUCACUGAGGAACACUACAAAGACCUGCAGCAGCUCCAUCGGGACUUUGGGCCGUAUCACUUCAACGUGCUGGCGUUCCCCUGCAACCAGUUUGGGCAGCAGGAGCCCGGCAGCGACAAGGACAUCGACAGCUUCGUACGCAGAGUCUACGGAGUCUCCUUCCCUCUGUUCAGCAAGAUCGCUGUCGUCGGAACUGGAGCCAACAACGUCUACAAGUAUCUUGUCGAGUCUUCUGGGAAGGAGCCUGACUGGAACUUCUGGAAGUAUCUCAUUGAUGUAAACGGCAAAGUGGUGGACGCUUGGGGACCAAAGGUUUCUGUCAAAGAAAUCCGACCCAAAAUAGCUGAAAUGGUGCGGCAGAUAAUCUUAAAGAAGAAAGAGGAGCUUUAACCCCUCAUCUCCAGACCGCUCACCACACAGUGUUCUGCAGUAUGAGAUUUAAAUGCAUUGGCACAUGAGCCAAAGGGAUGAACUGAACACAUGUUGCUUGUACGAUCUGACUCUGUUAUAAACCAUUCAAAUCAAUUUACACAGCGAAAGCAAAUUCUACUCACUGUCUGAAAGCACUGAUGAAACACCACUGUGUUUUUAAAGGUCCCAUAUUUUACGUUUCUUGUGUUUUAUUUGAAGUGUUGAGCCAUAAGAAGAUAU